AUGCGAUCAGAAAUUUAUAGAUGUCUGCUAGAUAUUUAAUGCUUUUUGGAGUUACAACAAUUACAGAAAUUCAAGACUAUUCCCAAAAGUUUUAAAUGGGGUUUUACUUCUAUUUUGAAAGCGACACAGUGGUUAAAACAUGUCUAAUAAAAGCAAAGGUUGUUGGCGAUUAAGAAUUUGUAGGAACAAUUCCAUUUUAGUUUAAAUAAUAAUUUUUUCAAUUUAAAUACAAAAAUUCAUCAUCUUGAUUAAAUGAAUAAAUAUUAAGAGUAUUAUAAUCUUGCAAUGGCAUAAUUUAAAUCACCUUCUAAUAAAGUAGAAUUACCUGAGAAAUUAAAUUUUAUGAAAUUAGGAUAAAGACGAUUAUUACUUUAUUUACUAGAAGAUAAUUCUAAAAAUAAUUAAUUAACUGCAUUUUAUCUGCUUAUUCUCUACAUUUAUUAACUAUUUUAAUGA